AUGUCCUUCAGUCUGUCCCAUGUCCUACAGUCUGUCCCAUGUCCUACAGUCUGUCCCAUGUCCUUCAGUCUGUCCCAUGUCCUUCAGUCUGUCCCAUGUCCUUCAGUCUGUCCCAUGUCCUACAGUCUGUCCCAUGUCCUACAGUCUGUCCCAUGUCCUUCAGUCUGUCCCAUGUCCUUCAGUCUGUCCCAUGUCCUACAGUCUGUCCCAUGUCCUUCAGUCUGUCCCAUGUCCUACAGUCUGUCCCAUGUCCUACAGUCUGUCCCAUGUCCCCUCUCUGAGACUUUUUCACACUGCUGUAAAGAGCUGUGGGCAGGUAUGGCCGCCUCCUCUGGACUGCAGGCAGAUGAAAAGAGCAUGUGA